GCUUCGACAGAUACACAAUCAAUUACUCUAUUGCCACUAUUACAAGAAACAUCGGAUACAAUUUCAACUUCAACUUCACCAUCACAACCAAGUGACGAUGUUAUUCCACAACCUAAAAAAGUAAAAAUAGUGAAAAUUGAUUUAUUCGAUAAUAAUUCAAGUCUUUUAUUUCCAACAACGAAAAAAACAUCAUUGACAGUAUUACUGGUUAAUUCUUCUAAAGCAUCAUCAGCUCGUUCUUCUACAACAGCUGUAUCUAAAUCUAGAGAAGUUGUCCCUUUCUCCUCUAAAUUUAUUAUAUAUACAGCUUUCUUUAAAACACCCACAACCGCAACAAUGGCCAUAUCUAAAUCUAGAGAAGUUGUUCCCUCCUCCUUCUCCUCAAAAGUAAUAACUUCUCAAGCAACUGCAGAUAAACUAAAUCAAAGAAGUUUGUUAAAGUUAUUACAAAUUUGUCAAAAAAUGAAUUUAACGCUCAAUGAAUUAACAAAAAAUCAAAGUAGGUUAGAAGGUAUGAUUAAAGAACAAACCGCCCAAAUUUCUGAACUUUUGAAAAAAUUUGGAGAUAUUGAAACUGAAGAAGAUAGCAAAUUUAGUAAAGGAAAAGGAAAAAAGAAAAUUGACAAGUCGAAACCUUUUUACCACGAAGCGCUGUGGAGUAUAUUUGGAAUCAAUAGGAUAAAACCGUUUGGAGAUAACUACACUAAAUCACAGAUGAAGGAAUGGAAGAAACUCGAGAACGUACAAAAAGUUCACGAAGAUCUGUAUACUCUAAGUGAUCUGAACGAUCCAGAUUCAGACACUUAUAUUACACUAAUAAUUAAAUCAGUUUUUUCAUCAGAAAACAAACGUACAGUAAAAAACGGCAUUUGGGUACAGUCUGUAUUAGAGACGAUAUUUAACGAAAAAUACCUCUCGACGAAAAUUGAUACAGAAGUUGACAACGCUGAUGAAGAAGCAUUUUAUUCUUCUCUGGAUCAACAUAUUGAAGAGGAUGGUGAUAUAGAUGAUGUAGUGGAUGAUGUAUUGAUAACUAAUAAAGAUAGACAGCCAGAAAAUUCUGAUGAUGAUGAUCUUGUAAUAGCCGAUUGA